AUGCAGGCCACAAACUCUGAUGAAUUAGCACAGCAUCAAACCAGUGAUGUUGGCGACUCCAAAAAUGUUGCUGGUGACCAAAAUGCCUCAGACGUUGAAGAGGACGAGGUCGAAGCUGUUCAAGACGACAAUGUCGAAGAAGGCCUCUUGGACGAUUACCCUGACGAUACCGAGGAAAUCGAUGCUAUCCAUAAUCGUAUUUCAGUUAUUCCAAGACUAGGUCUUGAACGGUUUAUGAAUUUGGAGCGUAUUUGUCUACGUCAAAACUUGAUUAUAGAUAUUGAAGGAUUCGAACCUUUGCGCACAACUUUGAAAGAACUGGAUCUUUACGAUAACAAGAUUUCACACAUUCGUGGUCUUUCACAACUCACGGAACUAAAAUUUCUGGAUCUUUCUUUCAACAAGAUCAAGCAUAUCAAAAACCUUGAUACGCUUACCAAUCUCGAGGAUAUCUAUUUCGUCAGCAACCGUAUCUCAAAAAUCGAGAAUCUAGAUACCCUUGUUCAAGUGACUAAUCUGGAAUUGGGUGCCAACAAGAUCCGAGUUAUUGAGAAUCUUGACAAGCUUGUACAACUACGACAGUUGUGGUUGGGAAAGAACAAGAUUACUCGAUUGGAGAAUUUGAGUCCUCUUGCCAAUCUGCGGAUUUUAAGUAUCCAAAGCAACCGACUUACUAAGCUUGAAGGUCUGGAGGAACUUCACAACCUGGAAGAGAUUUACCUUUCACACAAUGCUAUCGAAAAGAUUGAGGGUCUAGAAAAGAACCUUAAACUCACGACAAUUGAUAUCGCAAACAACCGCAUCAAACAUAUCGAAAACAUGUCCCAUCUUGCAAACUUGGAGGAGUUCUGGGCAAAUAAUAAUCUACUCGAGGCACCAUGCUUUGCCGAGUUGACGAAAGAGCUUGGCGGUCUAAAAGAACUAAACACCGUUUACCUUGAAGGAAACCCCAUGCAAACCGAUAGCCGAGCGACGUAUCGUAACAAGGUGAAUUUAGCGUUACCUCAAGUUAAACAAAUUGAUGCCACGUGAGUCUUUUUAUUUCCUGUUAAACUGAGCAGAUAGCGAAACUUUAGAUUAACGUAACAAUCUUCUGUUCCUACUUAGAUUCAUCCGAUAAGUCCUUCAUUCCUCCCUUUCUUUUUUGCACACUACAUGCACAUCCUCUCUGCCUGUUCUAUAAAUCCCAUAUCACCACGCACUCGUGCUUUUCUUUCUGUCUAGUGCUUUUUUCAUUUUUGUACAUUAUAAAAACCACUUUCGAUACGAGGAUACAAGUCAUGCAAUGUCACUAUAGAGUCAGGUCGUGUGGAUCCAAUUUGUGCUGCAAAUGAGGGCUCCUCGUAGGACAGCUUUCCUAUUCAUGAAGUACAUAUAUCAAAAAAAAAGAAGAAGCGAUUAUGAUCGCGCCAUAAGAUCUCUAUCUCUUUUACACUGCGUACCUCGUUCCAAUAACAGAGCGUUCCAUCCUGCACUACGCGCGCCUAAUGUAUGAGUGUUAGAA